CAGACCCCAGCUUCUCUGGCCCUCUCACUCCAAACAUCGGGCUCCAGGCCGUCUCCCGCCAACCCAAAUUCGCUUCCCGCCGCUCCCCAUUAAACCCGCUUGAAAGGUCGCGCCCUCGAGCAGAGCAACCCCUGACCACAAAUCCGAUCCGCAGCCGCCGUGCCUCGCUUUCGUCUUUUCCCCUCUGCUCGAGUACGAGCGGCUACUCCCGGCGGCUGCGGCGGCGGCGAUGAGCGCGGUGAACAUCACCAACGUGGCGGUGCUGGAUAACCCCACCGCCUUCCUCAAUCCCUUCCAAUUUGAGAUCUCCUACGAGUGCCUCGUGCCCCUCGACGACGAUCUGGAGUGGAAGCUUAUAUAUGUUGGAUCAGCUGAAGAUGAAAACUACGAUCAACAGCUUGAGAGCGUGCUUGUUGGCCCUGUCAAUGUUGGGACCUACCGUUUUGUCCUUCAGGCUGACCCACCGGAUCCCUCAAAGAUACGUGAGGAAGACAUAAUUGGUGUGACUGUGCUGCUAUUGACAUGCUCUUACAUGGGCCAGGAGUUCAUGAGAGUAGGCUACUACGUGAACAAUGAUUAUGAUGAUGAACAAUUGAGAGAAGAGCCUCCAGCAAAGGUGCUAAUUGACAGGGUGCAAAGAAAUAUCUUGGCCGACAAGCCCCGAGUCACCAAGUUCCCUAUCAACUUCCAUCCUGAACCCAGUACAGGCCCGGGGCAGCAGCAGCAGGAACCCCAGACGACCUCGCCAGAAAACCACACAGGCAAUGGCGAGGCCAAUGGUAGCAAGCCUGAGGCUGACCAAUGAACACAGUUGGCUUCAGAUAUUUUGAUGCGUGCCCCUUACAGGUUGUGCUGUAAUAUUACAAACGGGAUUAGUGGUUGUGCAUUGCCCUGGGAUCCUGAACUCUGUUCUGUAACUUGAGAUGCAAAUGCUGGGUACCUGGAUGUUUUCUUAAGCACGAGUAUUUCAGCCUCGAG